AUGUCAGAAGAAAAAGCCGAAAGCCCAAUCGAUAAAGUAGAUGGAACACAAAUUGAAUCUAUUGAAGAUAAGAUGAAAACAAAAAGUGAUGAUAAAAGUAAACAAAAACAUAAACCAGAAGAAAAUACUGAGAAACCUAAUGGUCGAGCUAAUAACAAUGAGAGUGGAAAUUGUUAUUGUGGAAAAGAAAGAAAUCUUAAUAUUAUAGAGUUAUUGUGUGCUAGUUGUUCAAGAUGGUUUCAUGAAUCAUGCAUUGGAUACCAACUUGGUAAAUUAGUACCCUUUAUGAUGAAUUACAUAUUUAUGUGCAAAAAUUGUUCUCCGACUGGUUUAGAAAGUUUCAAAAAAAACCAAGCACCAUUUCCACAAAUGUGUGUAACAGCAAUAGCAAAUUUAUUACAAAUGACUCAGAAAGAUAAUGAACAAAAAACAUUUUUUCAUAAAGAUAAAGAUAUUAUUUCUUUCAUUGAAUGUCACUGGGAUAGCAUGACUACAAUGCCACGCAGAGUAACUCAAUCUUGGCAUGCAACGAUACAUAGAGCACUGUUAAAAGAUGUUGGAACAUUAUUUACUAUUGAUGAAAACAGUUCAGAUGGACAGUUAUUUGGACUAAUAUGUUCUGACCUUCAAUUGAUUAAGCCAAAUUAUGAAGCAAUGAUUAAAGGUGGUCAUUUAAAAGUAACUGAAAUGGGUGUUCAGCAUGUUGCUUUAGAUUUGUAG